UCCCGCGAGUGGCGCGAGUCCAAGUUUCAGAUGAAAUGCCUUAAUAAAGCGUCCACGAUCGCACUUUGUAAUGCAAACAACGUGCCUCGCCGCAAAGGAGUAGGCGCUCGCGAAGAGGCGGUCGUGCGCUUGUUCCUCCCGAGCAUUCGAGAUUCACACCUCGGCGCGGUAACAUAAGUGGAACGUUAACUCCGAUUCGAGAGAUAACGGAACGGGCGUCUCGAGAUUUUCGAGCGGAAUCGAUGCGAUCGCCGCGAAUCGAAGCGCACUGCUACCGGGGGGGGAUACGACAAAGUGGAGCGACUGAUAAAACGAAGCCGGAGGAAACUCGCGGAGCGUCCACGAUUAAUGAUCUCGAUAUACGCGCGAUUCUCGGAACGCGUGUAAUAAUCGGGGCUCGAGCUCGCGCCGGGAAUCUGUUCGUGUCACGAGUUGCUCGCGAAAUCUAAUUCUGCGUCAUAUUCCUCGACCGCCGCGGCUCGCAGGUGAAUGAGCGAACGACGAAGGUGUGUGUGCGCGCGCGCGUGCGUAAUCCGUGUUCAACAACACGAUUUCGAAUGCAGGUUCGCGCGUAACUCGGGAGUGGCUCUCGCAGAGGAGUACGUUCGAGGAGAACGUUCAAGAGUUUGCUCUCGGAAAGUAACGCUCGGCUCUCUCUGUCUCUGGUUUCUCCACCGCUCUCGACCCUCGAUCUCCUCGUAUCUCAGCUCUCCAUUCCGAUCUUGGUUUUCUUCAUUUUCUCCUUUUUUUUACAACUCUUUGUUCUCUCACCUCGCGCAGUGGAUGCAUAUUUAACAGACGUGUAACAGAGUCACAGACUGGAUUGGGAUUGGCGAUUGACGAUCGUCAAUGAGCGCAAAACAGCCAGCGAUUUAAUCGACUCUCAUUGACUAGAAGACAAUCGCCAGCCCCAAUCGAAUCCGAGUCGACAAUUCUCUAGUCCGAUUCGGCGGCCUGUGGGCUCAACGCCGUUCGGACGACUCGCUUCCCGCUUCCCACUUGCCGAGAGUGUAAAAAUGUAAAAUUCCAAGCGCGUGGUUUCAGUCGAGGUAAAAGCGCGCCGUCCAGGACGCGAUCGGUCGCGCACGAACGAGACUCUCCCGGUUCUUCCACAGCGUGGACGCCGCGAGUGGGUUGGCGACCACCGAAUCGAGAACUCCGCGGCCCACUCGCACCGCGCUCGCCCACGUAGAAACGGAGCCUCUCUUCGUGAUCGCGUAGGUGCCGAGAUCCGACUGAGCCUCGCCGUACUCCGCCCGCCGUCGUCACCGGCGUCGCGCGGCCAUUCCGAUUUCUUCAGCUUUCGAAAGCUCAAGUCCCAUCGUCAGGAUUCUCUCGCUUGUGAAUCUCGUUUUUAACAUUGUUUGACCCCCGAUCAGAGAGAGAGAGAGAGAGAGAAUGAAAAGAGGAAAUAUCUAUUGAAAUAUCUAGCGGUGUUAGUAAUAAGAUAAGUAGAUACCUGAUCUGCACGAGUAUAUAACACGACACGUUGGUUGCGAUGUUUUCAGGUGGGGAUGAAGCGCGUGUCGCGAGGGCGAGAGGAAGCGGACGCGGAGCAUUACCGAGCCCCAUCCUCGCUAAUGGAACGCCCUCGUCGAGAGUGUCACCACCUCGCGCGGGCUGGGCAGUGCAGAUUACCGAGGCGACACUUACCUCAACGUCAAAUCAGCGUCCAUCGGUUCCAGAUACAUCGACGACGUCCGUCGAACGAUGGGCUAGCGAGCGGACGGCACCAGUUUGGACGGGUCGUGUCGCAGCGUCGUUGUCAGCAUCAGCAGCAGCAGCAGCAGCAACGACAACAAACACACGAGGAGGAUUUUUCUCCGCAGCAGAUCGAGGACCAGCUAGCACGGCUGGUAUCCGUCUCGAGCAUCGUCGGGUCGAGGAGAGGCAGGAGCUGGAGGCGACGAAGAAGGUGGAGCAUUGGCAGCGGCAACAUUGUCAGGAUCAGCAGCAGCGGCGUCAGCUCGGGACGCCAACGCCGCCAAGUCCAGGAGCAGCAGGACGUUUUGAAUUGAGCGAUCGGCCGAUGUCGCGGAACGAUGCGAUAUCGCCGCUCACGCGGCUGCCCUCCUCGCGUCUUGAUUUCGCCGCCGCCGCCGCCGCCGACGACGACGACGACGACGACGACUGCGUCAACGGCGUCGGCGAAGACGCGGACUCGCGUCUCGUCUCGACCGAGUCGCGCGUGCACGAUCACAGCCGGCCGUUGCCGCCGCCGCGGUUGCCGCUCGUGUCGCACGUGAUGUCGAUGCCGUCCGUGCCGCCGCCGCCGCCGCCGCCGUCGUCGUCGUCAUCAUCCUCGGCGUCGCAUUCGGUACCCGGGUCCCCGACGCCCCGCGUGGCGCCACUCACCAUGCCUCUGACGCCGUUGUCGAGUUCCUUUCGGAGCAGGCCGUCCCUGCGUCGCUCGCAAAACGUAGACACGUCGCCGAGCGACGCGAAUUCCAGGAGUCUGCUGUCGCCGUCGUCCGCGGACACGACGAUAACGACGAUAUCGACGAUCGCGACGUCGCCCAGGAGCCCGAUCGGCGAGGUGAGCCUCGCUACGCCGCGACCGGACGGCGAGAGGACCAUCAACGAGUACGUCGAGGCACCGUUCAGCAAUUCGCGCUGCAAUCAGGAACGACGCCUCGAUGCGAGGAACGACGGCAAGACGGCCGGCGACUGCCCCAAGACCGAGAGAAGGCAUCACCACCACCACCACCAUCACCACCAUCAUCACCACAGAGGACAGCGCGAGGACAGCGCGGUGGUGCCGACGCAUCGGGCACGCGGCCGCGCCAAGAAUCAGAGUGCACGGGGUUUCGGUGGCGCGACAACCGGCGCUUCGGCCGUCGCCACGUCGGCGAACGCGGCGACGGCCAACGCCGUGACCAAGCAGCCGGUCUCCUUCACCAAGGAGCCGGCCAACGCGCUUGGCACGAGGACCUACGAUCCGGCUGGUCUGUCGAUCAUAUGCGACUUUUGCGGUAGGUGCCGGUGCGAGUCGUGCCGGGAGCCGCCCCCGCUGCCCAGCAAAUGGCUCUGCGACAAUACGUGCCUGUGCUCGGCGGAGACCGUUCUAGAUUACGCAUCGUGCCUGUGUUGCGUCAAGGGUCUCUUCUACCACUGCGUGGACGGCGGCGGUGGCGGUGGCGUCGCCAGCGGCAUGGACGGCGAGGUGGCCGCGACGAGUUGCGCGGACGAGCCGUGUUCCUGCACCGGUAACCGCACGGCGUCCAGGUGGGCCUGCCUGGGCGCCCUCGCGCUGCUGAUGCCCUGCCUGCUGUGCUACUGGCCCCUCCGGGGCUGCGUGACCCUCUGCGAGGCGUGUUACGCGCGUCACGCUGCGCAGGGCUGCCGGUGCAACACGAACGCGGCCGGUAGCAGGCAUCACCCCAUCACCAGCGAUAUCGGAGACUCGAGGGACCCAGAGAAGAGGCUGUUGGAUCCAGUCACGCCGGAGCUUUGAGGAGCGCAGACCUAUCUCUACGUGGGGACGCCCGAGUGGCCGGAAGAGGAUGAGCAAAUCCAGGAAUAUAGGACCCCCCCAUCCUGAUGGACAUGUCGGAUGUGUGUGAGGGAGGGGUCAGAGGGAGCAAAAGUGAAUUGCAUCAAGUACAAGAGCUGCAUUUAAGUCGAGGAGAACGAUAUCGGAUUUUGACGAACCUGUACGUUUGACACGUUGCGAAUGUCUUUAUUUAUUAUUCUUCCAUGAAAAGUGCGUGCGUAUGUAUGAGUGGGCCUGUGUGCGUUGACGCUUUGCGUUUCUGUAUGCGCGCGCGCGCGACCGAGACAGGGAGAGAGAAUGAGAGCGAGCGAGAGAAAGAAGGCAGUGUACGAAAGGAGCGAGCAUGUGCCCGUACGUAUGUUUGUGCGUGUUUUUGCGAGUGCGAACGGUAGAGAGGAAUAAAGUACGCGAGUAGCGUAUCGUCCAGACAUACCACUUACGCAUAGAUAACUCUAUAUAUAAUGAAUUAUACGCAUUGUACUACGCGCCGAGCGAAAUCGAACGAACGGUA